AUGGAGUGCACUUUCCGCUUAACAGAAUUUUUACUUCGUUACGAAAUCCCGUUACUACCGCUGAAGAGCAGGAUUGUCCUUCCUCCAGCACAAAUUCCUGACUUCCUGACAGAGGAGGAGUGUAAGCUCAUCGUCCAUCUGGCACAGCUGAAGGGGCUGCAGAAGAGCCAGAUCCUCCCAACGGAUGACUAUGAGGAAGCCAUGGAAAUGAUAGAAAUCAGCCAGAUGGACAUUUUCAAUCUGCUGGACCACAAUCAGGAUGGGCAGCUGCAGCUCAAAGAGGUGUUGACGCACACCCGGCUUGGGAACGGCAGGUGGAUGACCCCUGAAAACAUCCGAGAGAUGUACACUGCAGUCAAGGCUGAUCCUGAUGGGAAUGGUGUGCUGAGCUUGGAGGAGUUCAAACGAUUGAAUAUCCGUGAUUUUCACAAGUACAUGGGAAGCCAGAAAGUGAAGAUGAGCGACUUGGUGCGCAACAGCCAGCACACCUGGCUGUACCAGGGCGAGGGGGCUCAUCAGGUCAUGAGAGCCAUACGGCAAAGAGUAAUACGCCUGACUCGCUUGCCCCCUGAGAUUGUGGAGCACAGCGAGCCCCUCCAGGUUGUGCGGUACGACCAAGGAGGGCACUACCAUGCCCACAUGGACAGUGGCCCCGUCUUCCCUGAGACUGCCUGCAGCCACACGAAGCUGGUCGCCAACGAAAGUGCUCCCUUUGAGACCUCCUGCCGGUAUGUGACAGUGCUGUUCUACCUGAACAAUGUGACUGGGGGAGGUGAAACAGUCUUUCCUAUAGCUGAUAACAGGACAUACGAAGAGAUGUCUUUGAUCCAGAACGACGUUGACCUGCGAGAUACUCGGAAAAACUGCGACAAGGGCAAUUUGCGUGUGAAACCACAGCAAGGCACUGCUGUCUUCUGGUACAACUACCUGUCAGAUGGAGAAG